AUGCUCACGUCAAGAACUGUGUACUCGAGAGUACUGAGCCAGAAGAUGCGGCACUUGCGUCUUCUUGCACGCACAAAGAGCGCCGUCUUCCCCAGCUUAGUAAGAAACGCCACCAGUGUUCAACAAGGAAGUGCCACCAUCUUUGAUUUUGAUGCUGCGGACUUAGCUCGGCAAUUGCCGGUGAUGCCAACAUCAUCUAAGAGAAUGGUAGCGGCAGAUGGCUCGGAAGUGCCCGAGUUUGAGUCUGUGCCUACGUUGCAGCUCAAGAAAUCUUCCCCAGACAAUGACAAUGGCAAGAAUGACACGCCGGCAAAAGAUGAGGGCAAUGCGCCCGAUGAGAAGACCCCGGAUGAAGAAAAACCAAAGGAACCCAAGGAUAAGAGCGAGCCGCUCAAGAUCGACGAUAAAGUUAUAGACAAAUCCGAUUCCUCGGUGAGUGCCAGUGCUGGACCAGGAUCUGCCCCUUUGGGCGGUGGAAAUGGUGGAAACGGUGGCAACAACAACAACAAUAACAACAACAAUAAUAACAACAAGGACAGAGACAACGUUCCAUCCCUAGUGGCCGAUGCUGAGACAGGAGCAUAUCCGCCGCUUUUGGCGAUUGCUAUGAAAGACAAGCCACCACUCCCGGGCCGUCCUUUCUCGAUCAACAUCUCAGAUCCUGCGGUAAAGAAGACUAUUGUGGAGAUCUGUGACCGCAGAGAACCUCACUUUGUGUUAUUCCACAUGAAAGACCCAGAAGAACCUGACACCGAUAUCAUUCAUAAGGGGGAAUCGGUGUACAACAUUGGUGUGCACUGUUACGUCCAAAGGUACUAUGAGGACGGCCCAUACUUGAGAAUCUUGGGCUACCCUAUGGAGAGAUGUAAAUUGGAGAAACUCACAGUUCCGGAAGAGCAGACAGACAAGGUUCAGGAGGAGGAGGAGGAGGAGGAUUUUCCUACUGCUUACUUGAAGAACUUUGGUGUUUCGUACGCAAAGGUGAAGCACUGUGAAGAUGAGCCAUACGACAUCUCAUCGGCAGAGUUCAAGGCUCUCAUUGAAGAUGUGAAGUCUCUAUUAGCUAAGAUGGCCCGCAUCAUUCCAAACAAGAAGGAUACUGUGAGAGAUGCCAGCAAUUUGUUGGCAUCACCCCACAAGCUUGCGGACUUCAUAGGUUCGACCACCAGUGCUACUCCUGGUAAGAUCCAAGAGUUGUUGGAGGAGUUCAACAUUGAAGUGAGGUUGCAGAAGGCUUUGGAGUUGUUUAAGAAUGAGUUGGAGGCAUACACAAUUGCCGAGAAGACUAUGAAAGAGUUGACCACGAGAGCUGAUGAGGCCCAAACGAAGCAAAUCGUCAAAGAGUACAUCAAGGGCUUACAGAGAAAUGCUGGUCUUGUAGAGGCAGAGAAUUCCAAAACUCACAAAUUUGAUGAACGUUUGAAGCACUUGAAAUUAUCUGAGGAAGCUAUGGAGGCUUACAACACCGAGAAAGCAAAGAUGGAAAGUCAAAACGAACAUUCUAGCGAAUUGGCAGUCAGUGAGCGUUACUUAGACUGGUUGACAUCGAUUCCAUGGGGCGUAUAUUCGAAGGAUCGUUUCAAUGUCAAGCUUGCCAAGGAGAUCUUGGAUCGUGACCAUUACGGAUUGAAGGAAGUCAAGGAGCGUAUCCUUGAGUUUAUUUCGAUGGGUAAGGUCUCAGGCAAAGUGGAUGGUAAAAUUUUGUGUUUGGCUGGUCCUCCGGGUACUGGUAAAACGUCUAUUGCAAAGUCUAUUGCUGAGUGCUUGGACCGCCGUUACGUCAGAAUUGCAAUGGGUGGUAUUCAAGAUGUUCAUGAGGUUAAGGGUCAUAGAAGAACUUAUAUUGGUUCAAUUCCUGGUCGUAUCAUUGCAGCUUUGAAGCUGGCAAAGACUUCUAACCCAUUGAUGUUGAUCGAUGAAAUCGAUAAAUUGGACUUGUCCAGAUCCGGAGGAGCAGCAUCUGCGUUCCUCGAGAUCUUAGACCCUGAACAGAACAAUGCUUUCGUUGAUAAUUAUAUUGACGUGAAGGUCGACCUUUCCAAAGUAUUGUUCCUCUGUACUGCAAAUUAUUUGGGAAACAUUCCUGGUCCAUUGAGAGACAGAAUGGAGGUCAUCGAUGUCUCUGGUUACACCAAUAAUGAGAAACUUGAAAUAGCGAAGAAGCACUUGAUUCCACAAGCCGCAAAGAAGGCUGGCUUGGAUGAGACUCACGUCAUCAUCCCAACUGAAUCAAUCACCAAGUUGAUUGAGAAGUAUUGCAGAGAAAGUGGAUUGAGAAACAUCAAGAAACUCAUUACGAGAAUCUUUAGUAAGGCUUCACUCAAAAUCGUGGAGCAACUCGAGGAGAGAGAUUCAAAGGUUGCAGCUAUUGAACCCGAAGCGGGCUCUGAACCAGUUUUAUCAUCAACCUCUGCCUCCGUUGAGGAAAAUACAAGUGAAAAUGCUUCCACUAAUCCUGUGGAAUGGGAAGUUAAGCCUAUGGAUAUUCCAGAAGAUAUAAAGUUGGAAAUUACCCCAGAAAUCUUGAAGGAUUAUGUUGGCCCAGAAAUUUACACUAAGGCUCGUGUGUACGAUGUUCCUCCUCCUGGUGUUGCUACUGGUCUUUCUUAUAGCACUUCUGGUAAUGGUGAUGCCUUGUACAUUGAGUCUAUUUUGACGCACUCGAUCGCUUCAGGCUCUGGACAUGCUGGAAUGCAUGUCACGGGUCACUUAAAGGAUGUGAUGAAGGAAUCUGCGACUAUUGCAUACUCUUUCGCUAAACUGUUUAUGGUUAAGGAGUAUUCAGAAAACAGAUUCUUCGAAGCCGCUGAUAUCCAUAUCCACUGUCCAGAUGGAGCUAUUCCUAAGGAUGGACCAUCAGCAGGUAUUUCUUUCACUUCCUCCUUGAUCUCGUUGGCCCUCAAUGAGCCAUUGCCUCCAACUAUUGCCAUGACUGGUGAAAUUACACUUACUGGUAAGGUUUUGCCAGUUGGUGGACUUCGAGAGAAGAUUUUGGGAGCGAAGAGAUAUGGCUGUGAUACCGUAAUAUUCCCCAAGGAUAUCGAGAAUGAAUUAGAAGAAAUUCCCGAAGAGGUCAAGAGUGGAGUUAAGUUCAUUCCUGUUCUGUGGUACUCUGACGUGUUCGAGGCAAUUUUUCCGAAUGCCGACAAGACUAAAUUCAACGAUAUCUGGAAGGCUGAUUUUGCGAAAUUGGAUGAGAAGAAGAAGAGUAAGAAAUAA